AAGGCGGGGCGCGCGGGUGUGAAUAUGAAGUCCACUUGUAACUGUCAGAGCUGAGAAGAACCAACUGAGGGAAAGAACACACCACAGCGUUCUGAGGCUUCACAGCCGAUACUGCACACAUCGAACAUGUCCCAGGAAGCGGUGAACGGGGUCCCAUGCCGGGGCAAAGUACUCACUUUGGACACCAUGAACCCCAAUGUGAAGCGGGUCGAGUACGCGGUGCGAGGUCCCAUAGUGCAGCGGGCCGUGCAGAUAGAGAAGGAGCUCAGAGAGGGAGCCAAGAAACCUUUCACGGAAGUCAUCAAAGCUAACAUUGGUGACGCUCAUGCCAUGGGCCAGAAACCAGUUACAUUUCUCAGACAGGUCCUCGCUCUCUGUUCUUACCCUGAACUCCUGGAGGACAAUAAGUUCCCAGAGGAUGCCAAGAAAAGAGCUCGGCGUAUUCUUGGGGCUUGCGGAGGCCAAAGUAUAGGGGCCUACAGUGCUAGCCAGGGCAUUGAGUGUGUCCGUCAGGAUGUGGCUCGCUACAUAGAGAAAAGAGACGGUGGAAUCCCCUCCAACCCUGACAACAUCUACCUGUCCACCGGUGCCAGUGAUGCUAUUGUGACCAUGCUGAAGCUGCUGGUGUGCGGUGAGGGUCGUGGCCGUACAGGGGUGAUGAUCUCAAUCCCUCAGUACCCUCUGUACUCUGCAGCGCUGGCAGACCUGGGUGCUGUGCAGAUUAAUUACUACCUUGAUGAGGACAAAUGUUGGAGCCUGGACAUCAAAGAGCUGAGGAGAGCUGUCACUGAAGCCAGGCAACACUGUAACCCCCGCGUCCUCUGCAUCAUCAACCCUGGGAACCCCACUGGUCAGGUCCAGAGCAGACAGUGCAUUGAAGAUGUGAUCCGAUUUGCUAAAGAGGAGCAUCUCUUCCUCAUGGCAGAUGAGGUCUAUCAGGAUAAUGUGUAUGCAGAGGGCUGCGCAUUUCACUCCUUUAAAAAGGUUUUAUUUGAGAUGGGACCAGAGUACUCAUCCACAGUGGAGAUGGCCUCAUUCCACUCCACCUCCAAGUGCUACAUGGGAGAGUGUGGAUUCCGUGGAGGCUACAUGGAGGUGAUUAAUUUGGACCCUGAGGUGAAGGCCCAGCUCAUCAAGCUGGUUUCAGUGCGUUUGUGUCCUCCAGUUCCCGGACAGGCUCUCCUGGACUUGGUGGUUAACCCUCCGCAGCCCGAUGAGCCUUCCCACACCACAUUUAUGAAGGAGCGGACAGCAGUGCUGGCAGCUUUGGCGGAGAAGGCCAGGCUAACAGAGCAGGUGUUUAACACAGUGCCUGGUAUCACCUGUAACCCAGUCCAGGGAGCCAUGUACACGUUCCCUCGCAUCACCCUACCUCAGAAGGCUAUUGACAAGGCCAAGGAGGCAGGUCAGGUUCCAGACAUGUUCUACUGUAUGAGGCUGCUGGAGGAGGAGGGGAUCUGCCUGGUGCCGGGUAGCGGCUUCGGACAGAGAGAGGGAACCUUCCACUUCAGGAUGACCAUCUUGCCCCCCACUGAGAAGCUGAAGAUCGUCUUACAGAAGAUCCGUGACUUCCACCAGCGUUUCACACAGGAGUUUUCCUAACAGUCCUCCACCUUUUUAACAUCUUAGAGGCAUUUCAAUGAAUGCCGGCAUCUUCAAGUGCCUUUGAAUGAGGCAGCAGUGUUGGAUAUAGCUGGCUGUCUUAUCUCGGUUUAAGGGUUAUUUGAACUGGAUCAGACUUGUAAAGAUUUCCUCACUGUUUGGAGUCAGUGAAGAACCUUGAACAUUUCCUUUUAGACAUCUAAUGAAAACAUGCAGUGAGAACUUAAUGAUUUACCUUUCAUGAUGCACUUUCCCAAAGUUUUAUCUGGUUUUAAAUGUUUAAAACAGUAUCAUAGAGCUGGUUGUAUAUUAUCUAGAAUGAUGUUAGAUGCUGCUACUGUGAGGUGCAACUCUUUCCUGCCAAUGUCUACAUAGCCAUAUUAGUUGUCCUUUUAAUCUGUUUGGAUGAUUACUUGAUUAAUCACAUUGGCUGUGAAGAUUGCACCAUGUUGAGAGUAUUGUCAGGAAGACCCAUGUGUUUUAAGAAUCGCUGAAUGUAGCCAUUUGUAUACUAAUGUACAAAUUAUUCUUAAAUAUAAUUAAAACACUUGAAUUUCUAUUACUGC